AUGGACAGCCAGUUCUUCAGUGGCGGCCUGGUCCCUAAAAUCACGGACAGCGGCCAAGCUCAUGGCUUGACUUAUGACUACGAUAUCGGAUUGAAAAUAUCGAAAAGCGUGCAGUUCGCUUUCAACAACAGGCAUCAUCUGCGUCCGACGCUGCCAGCUUACGACCGCAAGUACAUCAAAGCGUCGUCCUACGACAAAGGGUGCGCUGAUCAACACUUCUCAUACUGUGACGAGAUUGAGCGAGGGCAUCUCGUUGGCGGAUACGUGCUUCACGGCGUCGACGAGCAGUACGACAGAUUCUUCCGACCCGAGAUUGCUUCCGUCCCGCAUUCAAGAUACGUCAACCAGACAGCCUACAAGAUAAUCGAGAGUGGCAUAUUCGAUCGCCUUCUCGCGGAAGAAGUGCAUGCCGUCAUUUCGGCCUUGUGCGCCUGCGGAGGCUGCGGAGUCGUUGCGGCCGAAGUCGAAUCGAAGAGAGUCCCAGCGCUUUAUGCGCUGAAGGCAGAUAUCAACGAGAUAACGCGUGCGGGCUUCAUCGAGUUCUUCGGGGAUCCUGUGCCGUUCUCCUUGUUGGACGACUUCUUCCUCGGUUAUGAGUGCUACGAUAGGCCGAAUGCCGCGUGGAACGGCAAGACGUUCGGCCGAGGCUACAUCCAAGGCCUCGAAGCGCUCUGCGGCGAGCACGUCAGCGUCAUCGACAGUGGCACGUGGUGUGCGACCACGCAGAUAUGUGCGGUCUGCGCAAGCAUGGCCAUCGAAGACGACUUCGCGCGCAACUGCGCAGCGAUGGUGGGAGAAACGGAUGGACCUGGAGGUGCAGUCCUUAGCUUCAGCGAAGAGACAGACGCCGACUCUUACUGUGACGGAGUAAAGCUUCUUCCUGGAGUCCGCGUGUUCAGGAUUGCGCGGUACGAAGGGAUAAUCGAACACUUUGGCGACAUUGCAGUCUACGGCGACGGCCUCGCCGAAUCAGAUGACGUGAGCGACGGCAACAAGCUGUGCAUCGUGAGUGACGGCGAUGUGAGAAAGCGCAUGAUCGAAUGUUGCAAGGUCGCCGAUGGAGCGUUCAAAAUCGGCGGCGGCGUCGCGUGCAAAGGAGCAAGUGGUUCCCCAAUCUUCUGGUUCACCCCGGACGGCGUCUGCGCGGGAGUCGUCGGCAUAGCGGCUCUCUUGCUAGCCGUCGACGCCAACAAAG